GCGAGCAUGCGCAUCGCCGCCGCGCGGUCACGCGCUUGGCAGGGGCGGGGAAGCCCGGAGAUGCUGCGGCUGCUGGAGAAGCUCCCGCCGGGCCGCGGCCUCGAGUUCCUUCAUAAAAUAGUUGAUGGCAUAUGUGGCCGUGCUUAUCCUCGCUACCAGGAUUACAGCAGUAUUUGGAACUUGUCAGAAUGGAUGGAGGUUUUAGAAGAAACAAGGACAUAUUUCAAAACUGUGGUUGGCAAAAACAUAUCUGAUGAAGAGGCUGCUCAGCAGAUAAAUGAGUUAAAUUCAAACUGUCAAGAAGCAAUCACAGAAUGUCUAAAAGGCAGAAAGGAAGAAAUCAGAAAUGCACUAGUGGAAAGAAUAAAUGCAAUCUCUUCUGCCCAGCUGCAGGAUUUUGACUGGCAGCUGAAGCUUGCUCUCUCCAGUGAUAAGAUCUCCAUGCUCCAAAUGCCUCUUCUCAAACUUGAUCUGGAUGUGAGAGAAAAUGGUGAAAUUAAACCAGUUUCAAUAGAGAUGAAUAAGGAAGAGGUGCAGAACCUAAUAAAUACACUGGAAGCUGCUAAUAAGGUAAUGUUAACUGAUAUCAUCCUUUGUUCCUGACUCCUCUGUUUGGUCUGGAUAUCCUGUUGAAAAUCCAAAAUAAAUCAUUAAUUGGGAAAAUGAAUAUAGAGUUAGAGAGUGUUACAUAAGGCAGACUAUCUUGGAUAGACUUCAGGGGUGUUUUAACAAAGUUUAGCCUAGAAUUUUUAAAAAGCUAAUUAGAAUCCUGAUAAGCAUAGUAGUCUGUUCAGACCACCAUUAAAAAGUCUGGUGGGGAUUGGAGAAGAAGCAAAUGAAAUGACAAAAUGUCAGAUAAGAGUUGAUUUUGAAAGACUGGAGAUGACUCCAGUGUUCCCCCAGCUUCACAAAUUGUCAGUGGCUGGGAAUGCAUCUGGGAGUAUUGUUUGGUUCAAAUUUAGUGCUUUAAUUUCCAUGGCAUAGUAAAUCAGGAAGAAAGUUAGAAAGAUUGUAAUACAGUAAUGCGAAAGAAAAUUUCAACUAAAACUUAAUUGUAGUGUCUUGGAUUUCUUAGUAGACUUAAAUAGACUUACUAGUCUUAAAAGACUAAGGGAAGUAAGGAUUUGAAGGAAAAAUUUUAAGGAAAGAAGUGUUAUCUGACUUGCACCCUAAUGAUAACUGAAUCCUGGAGUCCCUCCUUGUUAGUUACCUUUCAAUAUUAAUUCUGGCUCUGUAAUAAGGGAAAGUAGGAUUUUUUUUUUUUUAAUCUGAAAGUGUCUUAAAUGUUCAUGAAGUCUGUUGUAUGAGAGAUGGAGUUCUCUGACAUCUUGCAGGAUGGAUAUGAAAGUAUUGUAUUAGCAUGUAUUAGAAGUUAGCAGCUCCUAGUUGCUUCAAAACAUUUAUUAAGUAAGGGGUUUCUUUAGAUGUUUUAUAUGAUGUUACGAUGCUGUGGAUGGAAUCUGUAGACCAACAUUUAGGAAAAAAAUCUCUGUUGGUAUAUAAAACCUGAAAAUAAUAGUUCUAGAGCUCAUAGAGUUAGAUAAUAAGUUAUAAUAGCACUGUUAAUAUUUUGAGUUACAAAAGACACUAAGAUUAUGUUUACAAGUUGCUUUAAUAAGACUAAUGCAAGACCUCUGAAUAACUGUGCAGCUCCCAGUAAGAUAAAUGCUUUAGUCCAGAUACGAGUGGUGUUCCUUUGAGAUGAGAGCACUUAGUAACUUUAUUUCCCCUGGACUUUUUCCUCCAAAAAGUUUCCUAAAUUUCCUCCUAAAUGAAAAUAGUAGCUCGUCAUGAAAUCUACACUGGGCAAACAAGGAUUCUUCAGGGACAGAAUUCAGUCUCCACAUGCCGUUUGUUCUGCUUGAAGGUCCAUGUGGAAGCUGUGGGAUGUUGUCAUCUCCUUACUUAGUUUUAUGUGUGCAGGAGGAGGAAUUCGCUCUAGAAAUGGUUCUUUGAUUCCGCUUUGUGCAGAAGUAGUCUCACUGGACGUGGAAGUUACCAUUCUACUUUUUUUUUUUUUUUUAAUACAGCAAGCUGAGGAAUGGUUUGCGUGCCAUAAAUGCUAAAGUUAUUGGAAGUAAUAUUGUGUGAGGUUGUAAAGAGAGCUGAGAGAGGGAUGGUGUGUUUUCCAGAGGAAAGAAAUCAUUAUACAGUUGCAUAUUAUACUACAGAAAGCAAAAUACUAUAUUACUUGACUGCUUAAGUUUUGAAAUCAUACAGCUUUAAUCUCAUUCC